CUGAUAGGGCAUUCGAUGACCACAGACGUCACCAAGCUGCAAAUCCAUUUGGGCAGGGAUAAAUUUAGCACUGGCAAUGAUAAGAGGCGAAAGCUUCGGAUGCCCCGCAAGGACAGUUGCUACCCAUCAGUGAUUUGCUCCAGACCGAGGGCUGGUAUCCUCUGCCACUGGACACUGGACACUACAACGAUGGGCAGUACCAGAGAUCAGCGAUCAGUCACCAUGAAACUGCUCUGGAUCCUGGUGCUCAGCCUGCUGUUGGCAGGACAGCUGGCCUUUACUCAGGAUAUUGACUUGGACUUGGAAGACAUGGGAAAAGAGGUUCCAAAACCAGAAGAGCCUGUGGCACCUGCCAGUAAGCCAGACGACAAGCAGGCCUGCAGCAUGUGUAUGGGAGGGGUGCCAGGCACCCCAGGGCACAGCGGGUCCCCGGGGAGAGAUGGCAGAGACGGGCGCGAUGGCCGCGACGGGGAAAACGGCAAACCUGGUGAACCGGGGGCAAAGGGAGAGCAGGGCGCCAAAGGUGACGUCGGCCCGCGGGGGCCUACAGGCUUCCCGGGCAUCCCUGGGGCGAAAGGCAGUCGGGGCGACAGCACCCAUGGCCUCCGCUCGGCCUUCAGCGUGGGCCUGACCAGCCGCGCGUCCGCCGCCAACGUGCCCAUCCGCUUCAACAAGCCCUUCUACAACGAGCAGCGUCACUACGACGACACCAGCGGAAAGUUCCGCUGCGUCUACCCCGGCGUCUACUUCUUCACCUACCACCUGACCAUCUACCCCAAGGACACCCGGGUCAGCCUGUACAGGAACGGCAAGGCGGUCAUGUUCACCUACGACCAGUUCCAGGAGAACAACCUGGACCAGGCCUCCGGCUCCAUCAUACUGCGCCUGGAGGCCAGGGACGAGGUCUACCUGCAGGUGUACGGAGAGGAGGAGCACGGCGAGAUCUACGCCGACAACACCAACGACUCCACGUUCUCCGGCUUCCUCCUGUACUCCGAUGACCCGGCGAGCAGCUAGAGGAGCUGAGCAUGACGGAGCACAGUGGCGGUGGUCUCAGUCAUGGUCGAAUUGUGCCAUACUGGACUUUCCAACAAUUUGCAAACAGUCCUUUUUUAGUCCUUUUAACAUAGCAUAGGUUUAUUGUUUUUCAUCCACCACGUACUAUUUUGUAAGUGCUAUAUAUUAAGUUGAUUAAAUUAUUUUAAAUGGUACAGGAAAUUACAUAUUUUAAUCUGAUACCGAAGGAGAUUGCUUAGGACACUCCAAGGACACACUGUUGGUUGGCUUUGACAAGCUUUAUAAAUAAAGAUUUAUAAAUGCUUGACGCAUCCAACUAAGUUAACUAAACUGAAAUCUGUCUUUCAGUGGAUGAAGUAGUGCUGUAGCCAGGGUAUGCUCAGCUAGCUGCUUUUGCCCUCAUGCCAAACCAAGCCCCUAUGUUGGAGUGCCCAGACCCAAGCAGGCCUUUCAACCAUCUGCUGGCCACUAUUCAACUUUCCAGUUGUUCCAUUGCAUAUUCCAUUUUCUAUCAGUGCAUUUAUUUAUAUUUUAAUAACCAAGGUCAUGGAGUACCUACUCCACCAUGAGAUUCUAAUUAUGCUAGUUGUCGCCAAAUAAAUUGGCUCUGCAGAUAAAGGAGUUAUUGCUUCUGAUCAUAAAAUACAGCCGUGUUCUGUUAUUUUAAGCAGCUGUCCUAAUAGCUGUAUCCGUAUGUGUCCAAAGACUCAUAAAUAAAGCAGCAAUUUGUUAUUAGUGACAGCAGAGUGACACCAUUCAAUCAUCUGUUUGGGAAAAAGUAGAAAUGAGUGAUGACUGUAGGUUGCGUAGUUGGAUCAGUCAUCUGUUUAGGGUAUAUACACAGUGCCAUCUGCACAUAGGAAAACAAAUAAUCAACCACUCUUUCUCUUGUCAUGUUGAUG